AUGAGUGACUGGGUGUUGAAGGGCAUAAGAAGCAUCUCAGCUAACUGCUGUAUUGUCUGGAAUACCCAGCUAUCACUGUAUCUGAUUGCCACAGGAAGAGGUGUUGCAGUUUGCCGUCCAGUCGAUGGACAGCGAAUCAUGACGCUAAGUUGGAGGAGUGACGAAUUGCCAAUUGGCUACCAAUGGGAGACGAUGCAUGGACGUUUAUUUGCUCUAUUUUUCCAAAAUGGCAUUAUAAGAAUUUAUGACGCCUCCAUCACAGGCAAAAUGCAAACCUCUCUUUCGCUCAAUACAAACCACCUUGAUUUUGUAAUAUGGGAGAGCGUCGUCUGGUCCAAUAAGAAUAAGAUGCUGCAGAUCUUUGACAUUGACACUACUGAGUUGAUGCCUCAACUUAUCAAGCUUGUAAAGGAUGCAAGGCAACUUGCCAUGGUUUCUGUCGAUAUGGAAAGACCGCCAUGGACUAAACUUGGAGAUGACGAGUCGUACAUCUUCUUAGGGCAUGAUCAAGAGUCUAAGGAUUAUGUUCUUUCAAUUGACGGUCUGAUUGAUGUCGCUUUCACUGCCGAGAUAUCUGAAAUCUCUAAGAUUCUAGCUCAUGGGAAGCAUGGAAAUUACGUCUGCCUCGGGAAAGAUAUGGCAGUUCAACACAUUUGUCUUGACUUCUUGGAUUGCCCUUUGACAAGAGAAAUAAUCAAAACUUGUAGCAAGAUCAAAUUUCUUUGUGAUUAUCUUGUCCAGAAUAUUGAGUUAUUGAGGUCUGAGCUGCUGCUGCCGUAUCAGACGUUCAUUGCUAAAGUCAGUGAGGCUUAUGAAAAUGACCUAGCCGCUGCGCUUUUAGACGUACUGUUCACGGGCUAUGUGCCGUCUGAGUUGGAAGAUUGGCUAUGUAACACGAUUGGUGACAAGAAUCUAAGGAAAUGGAAGCACUUGAGUUCCAAAUUGUACACUGAUUUGAACAAAAUUAUGGUAUUGACUAUUGUCCCAGCAUGUGAGCGACUGAUCCUCUGUGGCGAAAGAUUACAUGGCAUAAUAAGAGGUCUAAAGCUCCUGAAGUUCGGAUUUGAAGCUGAUGGGUCAGGAAUCGACGCAGUUGAAGUCGAUGAGUUCGUUGAGCUGUGUCAAGAGAUGUUGGAAUUGACACUGAAAAGCGUUCGCGAGCUAAACAUCGAAACCAAUCUGCAUAACGUCUUCAUCGAGUGGUUCAACGACGUGGUAAUGGAGGCGGUAGAUGAGGACUACAAAAGGAAAGAAACCUACGACUACAACCCACUCAAAAUCGAACAGUUCAUCUCGCAGUCUCUGUGCCAGUCUCCAGUACUGGGAAGGUGUGAGAGUCGAUUUGCCGAACAAGCGGUCCGCAUAAGUCACCAAGCACGCCACACAACAAAUAUCUAUGCACGCAAGUGGCUGAAACAGCAAAUAACGGCAACGCCGGUUUUUCGGCUUCGAGACCCGGGCACUGACGCUCGCAUACUGGAUAGUAUACUCACGAUUGAGGGCCAUUUGCUUGUUUUACAUUACAGCGAAUCCGCCCACAGUCUCGCUGUUACAUGCUACAAGCCAAGCGACCUACCUGAAACCUACCAUACUGAACUACUAUCCUCCAAAGAGACACCUGGCAUGCACGUGAAAGAUGCCAAGUUCUUCGCUGAGAAAGAUGCAAUUCUGAUAUUACGAGAACCGACGACGCUAGUUGUCAUAAAUUUCCUACUUUCCUUGAAUGGUAGAGUUGACGUUACGAGCGUUUCUGAGAGCUCCAUUUCCGAAACUUACGCUUUUGAUUCCCUACAGGUGUCUCAUUCGAAUUUGGUAACCAUGUGUUCAUCUACGGACGAAAAGAUGGCGCUUUACGAAUGUCACGUGAAAAAUCACUAG